ACCGUUGCUUGUUUCUUGUGGUCCGCCUUCUUCAGUGCAGGCACCGCUUCAGUGCGCAAAACGGAUGAACUUGGAGGAGCUAAAAUGCUUUUAAAAGAAGAGCAUCCUCGGAGUGGAAGCUGAAGAUGAGAUGUAUCGUGGUGUGGUGUGCAAGGACCGGGUGUUUCCUGCAGCCCGACGCCUCUGUGGAAUUCCCAGGGAUUUUCUAACCUGGACCUUCAGCCCAGCCUCAUAGAUGAUCUUUCCCCGUGCGACUUCGAGGCUUUGGUUCGCCGAGGAGCAUACGGAGACCAGGUAUGGCAGUGGCCAAAAUGGUGUGUUUGUCUGACGUGGAAACUUUCCUGGACUCGCACCCUGAGUUAUUCGAGGACUACCUGAACCGAAAAGGCACUUACGGCAUGGUGGAGAAGUGGCUCAAGAACCACCAGGGGCCCAAAUCGGGUCCGGCGGCCGCGACCCCGGCUGAGUCGAGAGACGAGAAGGGCGCCGUGCUGAGGGACAGCUGGGCGAGCAAAUGCGACGGUUUGCAGCGGAGAACUUCGCAGAAGGAGCUGCGCAAAACUUUCGCCCGCUCCAAGGCCGUCAACGUCAACCGAACCUACGACGAGCAAGUCAACUCGCGGGCCCAGGAGCCGCUGAGCAGCAUGCGCAGGAGAGCCCUGCUGAGGAAAGCGAGCUCGCUGCCCCCGACCACCGCGCACAUCUUGAGCGCGCUGCUCGAGUCCAGAGUCAACAUUCCGCAGUACCCGUCCACGGCCGUGGACUUCAAAUAUUACCUCAAAGAGAACAACGAGAGGGAGUUCUUCCUGGAGCUCGUUAAAGACAUCUCCAACGACUUGGACCUGACGAGCCUCAGCUACAAGAUCCUGGUGUUUGUGUGCAUCAUGGUGGACGCGGACCGGUCCUCCCUCUUCCUGGUGGAGGGCACCGGGAAUAAGAAGACGCUCGUGUCCAAGUUCUUCGACGUACACGCGGGCACCGCCGUGUUGCCCUCCAUGAACUCGGGCGAAGUGCAAGUGCCGUGGGGCAAAGGGAUAAUCGGAUACGUGGCCGAGCACGGGGAGACCGUCAACAUUCCGGACGCCUACCAGGAUCGCCGGUUCAGUGAUGAAAUUGACAAACUGACGGGCUACAAAACCAAGUCCCUCUUGUGCAUGCCCAUUCGCAACAGCGAUGGAGAGAUCAUCGGAGUCGCUCAGGCCAUCAACAAAACCUCAAGUGUGGAAAUCUUCGCUGAAGAUGAUGAAAAGGUACUGCAAAUGUACCUGCCUUUCUGCGGCAUUGCAAUUUCCAAUGCCCAACUCUUUGCUGCCUCCAGGAAGGAAUACGACAGAAGUCGGGCACUCCUUGAAGUCGUCAACGACCUGUUUGAAGAACAAACCGAUCUGGAAAAAAUUGUCCGCAAGAUCAUGCAUCGUGCUCAGACGUUGCUCAAAUGCGAGCGAUGUUCUGUUCAGUUGCUGGAGGACAUCGAGUCACCGGUGGUAAAGUUCACCAAGUCUUUUGAAUUGUUGUCACCUAAGUGCAGUGCCGACCCCGAAACAAGUUUCAAGGACAGUAUGGAAAAGUCUUCGUACUCUGACUGGCUCAUCAACAACAGCAUUGCAGAGUUGGUAGCAUCCACAGGACUUCCUGUCAACAUCAGCGACGCCUACCAAGAUCCUCGUUUUGAUGCUGAGGCGGACCAGUUCUCGGACUUCCACAUUCGCUCAGUGCUGUGUGUUCCCAUAUGGAACAGCGAUCAUCAAAUCAUUGGCGUUGCUCAAGUGCUGAACCGCCUCGAUGGGAAACCAUUUUAUGAUGCAGAUCAACGGCUCUUUGAGGCUUUCGUGAUCUUUUGUGGCCUGGGGAUCAACAACACCAUCAUGUACGACCAGGUGAAGAAGUCAUGGGCAAAGCAAUCAGUGGCUCUAGAUGUACUCUCUUACCACGCCACCUGCUCCAAGACUGAAGUCGACAAAUUCAAGGCUGCCAACAUCCCCCUGGUGUGCGAACUGGGGAUCGACAAGCUCUCCUUUGACGAUUUCUCCUUAGAUGUGGACGCCAUGAUAACGGCCGCUCUCAGGAUGUUCAUGGAGCUUGGAAUGGUUCCCAAAUUUAAGAUUGACUAUGAGACGCUGUGCCGAUGGCUGCUGACUGUGAGGAAAAACUAUCGGAUGGUUCUGUACCACAACUGGAGACACGCCUUCAAUGUGUGCCAGUGCAUGUUUGCCAUGCUAACGACGGCCGGCUUCCAAGAGACUCUGACAGAAGUGGAGAUCUUAGCGCUUAUCGUGGGUUGCGUGUGUCACGACUUGGACCACCGAGGCACCAACAAUGCCUUCCAGGCAAAGACAGGCUCGGCUCUCGCUCUGCUUUACGGGACCUCGGCUACCCUUGAGCACCACCACUUCAACCACGCUGUCAUGAUCCUGCAAAGCGAGGGCCACAACAUAUUCUCCAACCUCUCGUCCGCCGAGUACAGCAACCUUAUGCAGCUACUCAAGCAGUCCAUUCUGGCCACUGAUCUCACUCUUUACUUUGAGAACAGAAACACGUUCUUUGAACUGGUGAACAAAGGGGAGUAUAACUGGAACGUGAAGGCCCACAGAGACAUGUGCAGAUCCAUGAUGAUGACAGCAUGUGAUCUCGGCGCUGUCACCAAGCCUUGGGAAAUAUCCCGCAAGGUGGCUGAGUUAGUGACCAGCGAGUUCUUUGAGCAGGGCGACAGAGAACGAUCAGAGUUGAAGCUCACACCCUCGGCCAUCUUUGACCGAAACAGAAAAGACGAGCUGCCCGGUCUUCAAUUGGAGUGGAUUGAUGGAAUUUGUGCGCCGCUCUAUGAGACUCUGGUCAAGUUAAAUCCAAAAUUGAAGCCCAUGCUCGACAUGAUCCAAGCCAACAGGUCCAAGUGGGAGGAGCUGAACAACAAGCGGCAACACGAAGACAGCGUUUCAGCACCGACGAGCCCCUCGGAGCCCGUCGGCUGCACGGCGCCCAAGACGGGCGGCUCCCCCGGCCGUAGCCGGGCGGCCGCCAAAUCGCUGGGUUAGCAAGCCUUCUUAUCGAGAUCUCACUUCCUCUUACGGCCUGCAACUUGUGCAGGGAACGCGAGGGUCCUGUUUGUUCCUCUGGGAAAAGCGGAAAAGCUACCGGAGGUGUGUGAAGGUUGUCACGGCAGCCGCAGAUGUGCUGCAUCGGCACAACUGACUUCCAUCGUGCAGCCAUUGCGCAACAAGGCACGGCCCAAAUUUUGGAAAGGUGUUGCCUGCGUGUCGGAUGUUUGUAAAUGUGUAUAUACUCGAGUGCUGUCACAAAACUUUGGAUUGUGGUGUGGCCGUCGAAGGAUGAAUUAUUUCUGGAGCGCUGGUUGUUUGCUCCAAUUCCUCCCCUCCUGUGCCUUGUUGGAAAGAUUCCCCCAUGAAAAAUGCAUGGCCUCCUUUGACUUGAACAUGAUGGAAAAUGGUACCUGUGAUGGACUUGUUUUUCUUCCCCCCCCCCCAUCAUUUUGCCAUUAUACACCACAAGUCAAUUGUUCAUAAAGCAGUCAAAUGGUAUUGAAUUUCACAAGAGGUUCUUUUUCAGCCCAACAGAUGAACUGACCCAGCAGUUUGCUGCUCAUUUCAAAUUGAAAUAUUUUUAUUUAAGUUAUUAUUUCUAUUUAAUUGUAUGUCCUCAAAGAUGUGAUAAACACUGUGAGUGGUAUGCGCAAUAGCGCCCUCCGGUGGUUGUGUCACGUUUGUCUGAAUGUCUUUGAAUUAAUUUUUUUAAUUACUAAUAUCAGCCUAGCCCUAACAGCUGACCAUAGCCUGACAUAUUUUUUAUUAUUAUUUUUUUUAUUCAUGAUUAUGGUGUAUAAAGGUAAAAUUAUUGAAAAAAUUAAAUUGUCCAAAUAUUUCUGGUAUAAAAUGCUACUUUGAAGCUCUAACCCUAGCUUUCAACCCUACUUUGAAACACUAACUCUAGUAUGAAAUCUUAGCUUUAAAGCCCUAACUCUCGGGCCGCGUUCCAAUAUGUUUUCCAAGUUACCCUCGUUAAACACACCUGCGUGAAAAGAUUGUUCAUUUUCACGUUCUGCAGGAGCAAAAACUUUUCACGCAGGUGCACUUAACGAGGGAAUCUUGGAAAACAUGUUGGAAUGCGGCCCCGAGGACUAGAGUUUGCCAUCUGUGCUUUAAACCCUACUUUGAAACCCUAACUCUAGUAUGAAAUCCUCCUUUGAAACCCUAACCCUCGCUUUAAACUCUACUUUGAAACCCUAACUCUAGUAUGAAACCCUACUUUGAAGACCCAACCCUCGCUUUAAACUCUACUUUGAAGCUCCAAACCCUAGUAUGAAACGCUACUUUGAAACCCUAACUCUAGUAACUCUGUUAUCUAAUCUCCCCCCAUACAUUUAUGGGAAUAUUCUCUCUCUCUCUCUCUCUCUCUCUCUCUCUCUCUCUCUCUCUCUCUCUCUCUCUCUUGCUCUCGCUCUCUCUCUUGCUCUCUCUCUCUCUCUCUCUCUCUCUCUCUCUCUCUCUCUGUCUCUCUCUCUCUGUCGCUCUCUCUCUCUGUCUCUAUCUCUGUCUCUAUCUCUCUAUCUCUGUCUCUAUCUCUCUCUCUGUCUGUCUCUCUCUGUCUCUAUCUCUCUCUCUCUCUCUCUCUCUCUCUCUGUCUCUCUCUCUCUCUCUCUCUCUCUCUCUCUCUCUCUCUCUCUCUCUCUCUUUCUCUCUCCCUCUCUCAUCUCACACGGACACACAAUGUGCCUUGAUGAAGUUGCUGUGUAUUCAAGUAAGCCAUUGAAUCUCGCAGAAUUAAUUCUCAAUAUUUAUUUCUCUGACAUUUGGCCUUUUUCCUCCUCACUCUCUUCUGACCAUCUUACAGCUUUUCUUGUCCAAGGAUGACUUUGACUGACUCAGCUUUCGUAGUAGUACUCAAGUGCCCAUUGGGUUACGAGCCAAUUCUUGACUCUUAAGUAGUAGUUUACGUUUUUUUUAACUUAUGCCUUGUGUUGUACUUUGUUGGUAUUUUUUUAUGUGACCUUGUGCACCUUGCCAGGCAUGGUUGUUAAUGUUUUUCAUUGAAAAACAUUGAAGUUGCAUGUUUUAAUGACACGUGUUGCAUUCAAAGACAAUUCUGAGGAUGUAGCAAAUGCGGAAGCAUCACAAAUACCUCGGAUUUCCACACAAAUGCAUGUCUUUAAUUGUACUGCAUGAGGUUGUGCUGAAUAUCACUGUUCUAUUUUUCUAUCAAGUCUCCCACAUGACUUGGACUUUGGAGAUGAUGUAAUGUGUCUUGUCUCUUACUUCUCUUUCUCUUCUUUUUGUGUUUUUUGGACUUAUUUAAAUAAAAGAAAAACCCAGGCAUGGUGACGCAAUGUGCAAUGUUUCAGACGUUCUGUACUAUGAAUAAACAUGAUGCUGCUACAUG